GCUCUGAACCCACGUCAAAGGCUCCGCCGGGUCCCCAGAGACCGCCACCCCUCCGGCCGAGCCCAGCUCCCCGCAGCGGCCGCUAGCCCCCGGCCCUGAACCACCCCUCCGACCUAGCGGCCGCCGCCCCCGCUGCGGGAUGACCAGAUCCGCGGCCGCCACUGGGCCCCAUGGAGGAGCCGCCGCCGCCACCGGCCCGCUCACCAGCGAGCAUGGCCUUACUGGGCAGCCCGCACCCCGGCGCCCCCUCCGCGGCCGGCCCGCCUGGCGGGACUUCCUCCGCGGCCACGGCAGCGGUGGUCUCCUUCAGCACCGUGGCGACCGCGGCGGCCGCGGCGCUGGGGAACCUGAGCGACGCAAGCGGAGGCGGCACAGCUGCCGCUCCCGGUGGCGGCGGCCUUGGCGGGUCCGGGGCAGCGCGGGAAGCGGGGGCGGCGGUGAGGCAGCUCCUGAGCUCGGAGGCGGCGCCGCUGCUGUCGCACGGAGCUGCGGUGGCGGCCCAGGCGCUCGUCCUCUUGCUCAUCUUCCUGCUGUCUAGCCUGGGCAACUGCGCGGUGAUGGGGGUGAUCGUGAAGCACCGGCAGCUCCGCACCGUCACCAACGCCUUCAUCCUGUCGCUGUCCCUAUCGGAUCUGCUCACGGCGCUGCUCUGCCUGCCCGCCGCCUUCCUGGACCUCUUUACGCCGCCCGGGGGCUCGGCGCCUGCCGCUGCCGCGGGGCCCUGGCGCGGCUUCUGCGCCGCCAGCCGCUUCUUCAGCUCGUGCUUCGGCAUCGUGUCCACGCUCAGCGUGGCGCUCAUCUCGUUGGACCGCUACUGCGCCAUCGUGCGGCCGCCGCGGGAGAAGAUCGGCCGCCACCGCGCUCUGCAGCUGCUGGCGGGCGCCUGGCUGGCGGCCCUGGGCUUCUCCUUGCCCUGGGAGCUGCUUGGGGCGCCCCGGGAACUCGCGGCGGCGCAGAGCUUCCACAGCUGCCUCUACCGGACCUCUCCGGAUCCCGCGCAGCUGGGCGCGGCCUUCAGCGUGGGGCUGGUGGUGGCUUGCUAUCUGCUGCCCUUCCUGCUCAUGUGCUUCUGCCACUACCACAUCUGCAAGACCGUGCGCCUGUCGGACGUGCGCGUGCGGCCCGUGAACACCUACGCGCGCGUGCUGCGCUUCUUCAGUGAGGUGCGCACGGCCACCACCGUGCUCAUCAUGAUCGUCUUAGUCAUCUGCUGCUGGGGGCCCUACUGCUUCCUGGUGCUGCUGGCAGCCGCCCGGCAGGCCCAGACAGUGCAGGCCCCCUCGCUCCUCAACGUGGUGGCGGUCUGGCUGACCUGGGCCAAUGGGGCCAUCAACCCUGUCAUCUACGCCAUCCGCAAUCCCAACAUUUCGAUGCUCCUAGGGCGCAACCGCGAGGAGGGCUACCGGACUAGGAAUGUGGACGCUUUCCUGCCUAGCCAGGGCCCGGGUCUGCAAGCCAGAAGCCGCAAUCGCCUUCGAAACCGCUAUGCCAACCGGCUGGGGGCCUGCAGCAGGGUGUCCUCUUCCAACCCGGCCAGUGGAGUGGGAGGGGACAUGGCCAUGUGGGCCCGCAAAAAUCCGGUUGUACUUUUCUGCCGAGAGGGUCCACCAGAGCCUGUGACGGCAGCGACCAAACAGCCUAAAUCCGAAACUGGGGAUACCAGCCUCUAAGACGGUUGGGAUGGCCAGCUUAUGAAGGCAAAUUUCCACUCGCAUUAUUUAAUGACGGAAGAUUCUGGGGGAGAGUCGUGGAUUUCAUAAAACCAAACAUUUAAAGCUGGAGACGGGGGAGGCUUACCACUUUCCCCAAACAACAUAAAAAACAAUGUCCCUUCUUCAAAAGUGCCAAAAGGAAUGUAAAAUGCAAAAAUUAAAACAAUCUUAAACCACA